CGGUGGAAACGAGACGCACGCGCCAGUCCUCGACACUUACCCUGAGUGAAAUUCCUCUCAUUUCAACACAACAGAAGGACAAGCUUCCUCUUCAAUCUUGCUUCUUGAGAACAUUUUUUUUUUGUUGGCACACUCACCACAAGUGAAAGGAAGUUGCCCCAUCUUGCACUUUGUUGGAACAGUGGAGUCGAAUUGUGAAACAGUGAUCGACAUUACUCUACUGAAACUAUAAUCUUUCGCAGUGAUUUCAAAUAAAGAACAAAGUGAUUGUGAUCAGUGUGUUACAGUGACUUAAAUGUGCUCGUUCAAAUCAUGAUAACCUCCCUAGCCGAUUCGAUCUCACUGUCAAAGAGUGAGGAAAAUCAAAAAAUGACGGACGUGAAAACGAGCGUCGGUGGAGGAACAAAGCCAUCGGGUUUCACAGUAAAAGACAUCUUAGAUCUACCAAACGUCAAAACGACCAGCUGCUCAAAAGACAAGAUUUCACCUUCUACUGGAACUGAAGGGCUUUUGACGAGCAGUUUGUUCUCACCUACUUUCCAAAUGCUCGGAGAGAGCCUUCACGGACCUUAUAACGGCUCAUUCCCACGGCAUCCGACUAUCGAAUACCCAGUUGGUUAUCCGUCGGAUCUACUCUAUAGUUUAGCCCGAUGGCCUACGUCAGCGAUAACCACGCCGAAUCGGCACUUAAGCUUGGGACAACUCGGGUUGUUCGCCCAUUCCCAGCGUCAACAGGCGGCCGAAAACUUUGCUAUGUCUUCGUUGGAGGCCAGUUCUCGGUGGGAAGCGCGAACGGCCAAAGCGAGGGCUACCAUCAACGUGACGCCUCUCAGUCCCGACACAACUUGUUCUACGCCCAUUCAAGAAGCUAAUGCCAACUUCAAAGCCGAUAGCCAACAGUCCCGUUCGCGUCAGGAUGACGCUUGUCCCGAUAGCACUGACUGUAACAACGGCAUCCUGGACGACAGUAGUGACCUGGACGUUUUCAAUGCUAGUGGAAGCAGCGGUGAUAUGCGCGAUGAUUCCAGGAUGCAGGAUGAAGGACUAAGCGACAGCGAUGACGACGAAGAUGACGAGCUCGCUCACGGGGCGAAACGGAAAGAGCCGUCCCAUUCCCGUCUGGAGAGAACGAAUGCUGAAGACGGACAAGGUAUGAGCAAAAAACGCAAAAGACGUGUAUUAUUCUCCAAAGCUCAAACCUACGAACUAGAGCGUCGUUUCCGCCAGCAACGCUACUUGUCCGCACCCGAACGAGAGCAUUUAGCCAGCAUCAUCCGCUUAACGCCGACUCAAGUCAAGAUCUGGUUCCAAAAUCACCGAUACAAGACGAAACGAGCCCGACACGAGAAAAACGUUCAAGAUCUUCAACAGCCGUUACCUUCUGCCCGGAGAGUGGCCGUCCCGGUCCUUGUGAGAGAUGGGAGAACUUGUAUGAUUGGAGGUUUGACUAAUGGCGCAUCCAGUGCCAGUAACAUCCCGGGGCCUGACAAAUCCCUCAACAACGUCCAAGCUCACGAAUUUUCACUGACUAAUUCGGCAGCAGCAGCGGCUGCUUGCAUGAACGCCAUGUCUUUUAAUAGGAAUGCACCAAACAUGGUCAACGCAUUCAGCAUGAAUGGGAUAGGAGCCAACAGCGUUGAUCCGUCUUCCAUGCAACUACCAUCUUUAGCCACCAUGAACCAAAGCCUACGCCCAGCACCGAUGGCGCAGCCUAUAGGCUCUUUGCCCUCCACCAUUCCCGGGUCUAUUCCUCUAACGCAAAGCCAUUCUUUUAGUUUUGGACCACAGUCUCGGUGGUGGUAACGAACACUCCAGGAUGUUCAUUCAUAAGCAUUUUAUCAUGUGCUAAUUUGAACCUGCGUUUUGCUAGCUUUAAAGGCGAAUAUUUUAAAUUUCUUGUUAAUUGGGUGCGCACUCAAUAUUCCCAGCCCAAACCACAUGUAGAAGCGCAGUUGCUUACGACUUUGUAUAUGAUCUCAUGUAUCAUUUUUGAGCUUGUAUCCCAUCUAUUUAUCACGAAUCCCGUCGCCCUUAUCGAACACAAAUUGAACUCGUCUAUUAUUCAUAGACCGAUGUGUUACCUUGAGCACUUUACUCAAUUAAAUAUCAAUGGCGGCGACCCGAUACUUGAAUUUUCAGUAACCAGGCCACUGAGCUCAGCUUUUGAUACUUAAGUUUCGCAAGUUCUAACGUUUGUAAUGCUUUAACCUUAAUGUUUUAGGCAUGCUACUUAUCCUAAAGUAAAUUGUUUACAAAUUUAAUGUAGGUAGGAAAUUAGAAUAAUUUUCCACGACUUUUUAAAAUAAAUAGAUCAUGAAAAAAAAAAUACGCUUGAAAUAUCUGAUUUUUUGCGUCACAAAAUUCAGAAUAAAUAAGACUUAAUUAAACAUCUGGUCGCCGCCUUUUAAACAACACUUUCUUCUUCACAUUCCAGCUUCUUUAAAAACAACUUUUUUCCCCUAUCCAUCUUGAAACCACACUGAAAUGUAAAGUAUAAAAUAUUAUUUUCAACCUUUUAUGUGUGUAACCCCUUCGUACUGUGGCAAAAACAAGUCGGAAAUUGUUCUAAUAUAGCGUUACGGUAUGGGUUCAUGUUACGGAAAUUGCAAGAUAAAAAAAAUGUGUAAUGUGGCAUGAACAAUUUUUCGGUCCGCUUUAAUUUAUAAUAUGUUACAAUAGUACAACGGUGAAGAAUCAAUUACGUUAAAGUCAUUUGUACAUCCCCUACCCUGUUUUGUGUGCCAUAAAUAAGCUAAAACAUAAGUGAACCACUGGCUUUCUCAGAGUAUGAAUGGUUGGCCGAAUUAUACAA